AUGACCAAUGGCACUCUGACGUCGUUUCUCGACCAGAAUAACGAGACCCUUGGGCUGCGUGAUCGUGUAUUUUUGCUUCAUGGUAUUGCUGCUGACCUCAACUAUUUGUUUAGCUUGACAGAAGACAGACAUAUGGACUUGAACCCCAUCGUUCAUGGAGACCUCAGCGGUGCCAACGUCCUCAUCAAUGGUGAAAGAAAGGCAUAUCUUGCAGAUUUUGGCCUUUCUGGAACUUUUAAAAAGCUGAUCGGCAUGACGUACCUCGCAAAGAUGACUGGUCAUCCAGGAGCGGUGAAAUGGGUAGCUCCUGAACUUCUUUCUGGGGAGAAUCAGCUUCUGUGGCCACCGCUCAAAGCGGCGUGUACUCCUUUGGUAGCAUCAUGCUUCAAAUCUCAUACCAAGUGGUUAUUGAGGGGAAAAUACAUCCCCGUCCAGAUGAAGUGCAGAAUCCGCCGGAAGAAAUGCGACGAGCAGCCCAACGCAGACGGCAGCUGCCAAACAUGUCUUCGUCUUCGUCUACUGGUUUUGGCGCAAAGCGUCCAGAAUGGUUGCAUGCAAGAGGACAUCGACCAUCGAGCAAAAAUUAAAGAAUUUCUGGCCGCACAAGGAAUAAUCAAGGGACUUCCGGUGAUGCAGGACAUCGAUUCACCAUUGGAUGUUUGGGACCAUGAUGCCAGGGUUAUUGAUCAGGAAUGUACUUGUAAGUCUAGUUGUGAAAAGCAAAUUCAAAGGGUAAUGAUAAAUCGAGACGAGAAUAAGAAAUACAUUGGGAGUGAGACUUUGGCCUACACACAGACUUCUGAAACGUUGGGAGUAGGAGAAAUGAUAAGAGAAAUGCGAACUCAAAGUACAAAGGAUAACGUAGAGGGAUGUAUCCGAGUGAUCACUUCUUUCCGGAUGCUGCUCAAUGAGGCCACUCGGGAAGCCAUUCGGACGCUUCUCGUCAGCAUUGAGUACGGCAGAAAAGAAUUGGCCUCAUGCAAUUGGUGA